AAAGGGAAACUCGGAACGUUGCAGGGGAAACUUGGCAGGCACUUCCUCGCCCAGUUAAUCAGUCAUCGCUGAGGACAAACUGCUGUUAGACGCUCCUGACAGGUGCACCGAGGUCACAAGAGCACUUCCGUGUCAUUUCUGACCGCCUUUUGGGUUAUUCCCAUCUUCAUUUUUAACUGAGGUGCGACUGACAAGCAGAGAAGCUGUGUGCAUUUAAUGUGCUCAUCUUGAUGGUGGCCCCGCUCCCAGUUCAGCCCCUUGGCUGAACGUCACUCUGUUUCCUCUUGUGUUUGGUCUCCAGAGGGAGAAAACAUGGAAGGGUGUGGCGGAGCCCAGUGGGAGCGACACAUAAACGAACAUCUAAAGUGACCGGGUGUGUGAUUGCUUGGAAGGGAAGAAAAGGGGUGAGUGCACUGGUGGAAGCUGCUUGGGGUCAACAUGGAGGCCUCUCUGAGAAGCUGGCAUUUGAAGUGAGAUCUGAGGUGAUGGAGUGAGAGAUUGCAGGCAGGGAACAAGUGGUGCAAAGGCCCUGAGGCAGGAAAGAACUCGGCACCUUCGGGGCCAGCAGGGUGGGCUCCGUGGCUGGAGUGGGAAAGAGGCUGGCGAUAAGGUGGGAGCGGUAAGCAAGUUCUCGGUCCUGGGGGGCCGGAGACCUCCACUCCUUGACCACAGAAAGGUUUCAGCCCAGCAGUGACGAAGUCUGGCUUGUUGGGAAAACAUUGCCAUUAUUUCCCCCAUUUUACAACUAAGGAAAUUGAGGCCUGGAACUAUAGCUUGGAUGUGCUUUUGAAGGUGGCCAUCCUUCUGGGACCCAGACAAAGAGGCUGUGGAUUCUUUAGGGGUUCCCUGGGGGAUACAUCUGAUGAGUGGCCAAAGCCCAAGGUUGCAAACUCUUCUUCCUCCCCCGGACCCCCCAACCCAAGCCUGGGCUCAAAUCCUGGCUCUGCUCUUUGCCUGCUGUGUGACCUUGAACAGGUGGUCUCACUUCUCUGUGCCUCAGUUUUCUUAUCUGCAAAACAGGCAUAAUGGUAGUACCUGCCUCAGAAGAGUGUGAGAAUGAGUGUGAGUGGGUGUGAGAAUGAGGUAAGUGAACACGUGUUGGAGUCUAGAACAGUGCCUGGAGCAGGGGCCACGGGGAGGAGGCUGGCUCUUCCCUGUGUCGUGGGAAUCGUCUGUUGCUCUGUGUCCUACUACCAGUGCCUCAGGAGGUUCCUCUCCCUGUCACCUGCUGCUGCCUCAGUGGAGGACCAAGCAGGGAGCCUGUGCGCCAUUGUUGGGGGCAAUGGUCUUAUACCCAGUCUCCUAAAAUUGGAGACUGGAGCAAAGCUGACUUCCUGCCUCCUAGUGCCCCCACUCAGUUCUGGCCCAGCCUCACCCAGACACAGAAAUGGAACCGACUCCUCUGGCCUUCCCCCCUCUGGGGCCUGCAGACACCUCUUUCCCUGGGCCUCGGGAUCCCAGUGGAAAACAGCCUAAUCUAGCACCCACCUGGGUGGCACAGGGGGCUCAAGGAGGCUGAGGGGACACAGCCAUCGCCCUCUCAGGGGUUCCUUUGUGGGCAGUGCCCCAGCCUCUUCUGUAAAAUAGGGUCACAGAGUGCCUGCCUCCGGGAGGCCUGGAGGUUUGAGUACCUGCAGUGCCUGGCCUUGAACUCCAGGACCGUCACUAUUAUGGCUCUGCCCAUGUCUCCUGUUUUGACAAAGCCGCUGUGGUCAUCCCCGGCCCUUGGAGCUCACACUGGCCUGCCCCUCAAUGUCCGAGUCUCCUUGUUCAUAGACUAGAGGGGGCAGCAACCCCCCAGAGCUGCCAGGGAGAAGGAGUUGAUCUGGGGGGAAGUGCCCAGGUUGGUCGGCCGGUCCCAGCCUCAGUUUUCCAUUCCUGCGUCCACUGGGGAUAACAGUGGAGCUGACCUCAUCGUGUCCCGGCCCGGGAGGGAGAGUCAAGUGGGUUAAUUAACCCAGGAAAGCCACUUUCGCAGCCCUGCACAGGGACAGGACGCAGGGUGGCUGAGACUGAGAGAGGGGCGCGGUUUGCCACCCCUAAGCUCCGUGCUUCCUGACAGCGUCGUCGAAGGGGCUUGAAUGUCGUCCCACGUGCUGUGGGCUGUCCCGAGGAGGAGCUCCCUGCCGUCCGGGCACCCAGCCAGCUGUCAGUGCGCUGGGGCUCGGCUCCAGCCCCUGCCUGGCUUACUUCCCCCUUUUGGGUAAUACCCGGGCUGGCGGGUUCACCUGCCCGCAGCCGCCGGAAGUUGCGCAAAGGCGGGUAACCUGAGCCCCAGGUGGGCCGGCGAGGAGCUCUGGCCCGUUGCAGCCAGCCAUUGCCGGCGUCCAGCUGCCAACUCUGUGCCGGGGAUCCCUGUCUCCUCCUUUCUCUGGUCCGCCCCGACGCGUGCCCUCGGGGGAUGUAGCGGCCAUGCCCGUGGACACGCUGAGCCCCGCGGCCGCCGCCGCCCCCUCCUUACCUUUUCGCCUGCGGACCAAGGUUCCCGGCUACCUCCUGCGGAGGCCAGCGGACGGCGGAGCGCGGAAACCCAGUGCCGUGGAGCGCCUGGAGGCCGACAAGGCCAAGUACGUCAAGAGCCUGCACGUAGCGAACACCCGCCAGGAACCGGUGCAGCCUUUGCUGUCCAAACAGCCGCUCUUCAGCCCCGGGACUCGCCGCACGGUGCUCACGCCUAGCCGCCGCGCCCUGCCCGGCCCUGGUCGCCGGCCCCAGCUGGACCUGGACAUCCUUAGCAGUCUCAUCAACUUGUGUGACAGUCCUGUGUUACCUGCCGAGGUCAGCCGUACCCCCGGACGGGCAGAGGGAGCCUUCCAGCACCCCCCAGCCACACCUCCGCGCCCACCUCCCAGCACUGCCGCGGUCCGCCGAGUGGACGUUCGCCCGCUGCCUGCCUCACCCGCCCGGCCUUGCCCAUCACCUGGCACCACCGCCGCCUCCAGCCCAGGCCGGCCACCGGGUUUGCAACGCUCCAAGUCGGACUUGAGUGAGCGCUUCUCCAGGGCAGCUGCCGACCUUGAGCGCUUUUUUAACUUCUGUGGUCUGGAUCCAGAGGAGGCACGGGGGUUGGGGGUGGCCCACCUGGCACGGGCCAGCUCGGACAUCGUGUCCCUGGCGGGGCCCAGUGCUGGGCCGGGCAGCUCUGAGGGGGGCUGUUCCCACCGCAGCUCUGCCACUGUAGAGGAGCGGACCCAGGAGCGGGUCCCCUAUGGCGUGUCAGUGGUAGAACGCAACGCCCGCGUGAUCAAGUGGCUCUAUGGGUUGCGGCAGGCACGGGAGACCCCAGCAGCCGAGGGCUAGCCCUCUAGGACUCGAAAUUCACCACAGGACAGAUCUUGGAGAGGCACUUGGCCCUUGACCUCUCCUGCAUCCUCGCCUGGGUCUCUGGACAGACCAGAGGCAGCUCCCUUGUUUGAACUUGGUGUAGAGGCAGAAGCUUCCACCUAGACCAGUAUCCUCUGGCAAGGACUGAUCCUGGAGAGGGUUGCUCUUGGCCUUGGACCCUCCUCCCUUCAUACAAGGGUUCUGACAUGGGCAAAAACCCUUGCUUGGUUCCUGUGCUGGGGCUGGCAUCUGGCCAUUUAGCCCUCCCCAUUGGGAGUGGGGGACCGAGGGAUGUGCCAAGCCUGUCUACCCAGUGACUCUGUUUCCUCCUUCCUUCCUUGUUUUCUGUCCCUUGUUGACUUCCUCUUCCUUACCCAGUGGGCCCUGGCUUCCUGGGAACUCACCCUGGGGUGGGGGGUGGCCGGGAGGAAGGGGCCUAUCUACUGCUCUUCCUGCUCUUUGGCAGCUGGCCGAGAUGGGUAGGCUGUAGGGGCCGGUUGGGGUCUGCACUGCUCUGACUUCCCUCCCUUUGGUUAAUAAAUGCUUGUUUCUCCA